CCGGAGACAUUCAUUGGCUCGACUGCCCUCCACAGUCCUGGAUCCAGAGCUGCUAUUGGCUGAGGGGUUGCCGUGGCGACGGACCGCGCACAGGCGCAGUGCGCGUCGCUGGAGGCCUGCUGACUGCUAGGCAACGGGAAACAUUCCCGGCUUGGCGACAACUUUCUGCUCCCGGACUCGCCUUCGCUCUGUCUCUGCGGCGGUGGCUGCUCUCCCCUGACUAGCUCUCCAGGAGUGAGGAUGGCUUUUCGUGCCUCAGAGAAUGACUUGGACCUGAAAAACAUUGAAGAGCUGAUGGAAAACCCGAGGCUUACAAGACUGAAUAGUAUAAAAGCAAAGGGAAGGCUGAGCUUUGCAACACCCACAGAAAAUGAAGAGGACACACAGUUCCUGACAUUUAAGCACACUACAAGAGCUCAGGAGAGGACAAGAAAACGACAGGAGCCAAUAAAACUAGAGCCUCUGCCGGUGCUAAAAGUCUACCAAGAUCAUAAGGAGCCGGAAUACAUAUAUGACCAGAACCGACGCCGAUUAAUUGCUUCUGGAGUCUUAAAACCUCCAGGAAGCACUGAAGAAAGACGUGCUACCAAAUCUCUUGGUCAGUUUCUUGAUCAUGAAGACUCUGUGAAAAAGAAAAAGCAGUGGCCUACUGCUGAGACAUUCUUACCCUCUCCGUCUAAACUGCCACGUACCAGCAUUGGCAGAAGAGGCCUUUAUGAGACCAGUGCCUCAGCUUACCCUGAGUACCACUUCCACGACCGGGAGGAAGUCAUUAAAGCCAACAUUCAAAAUCCCUUGCAAAUCAUUAAAAUAAUACGUGAAAAUGAGCACAUCGGCUUUCUUUACAUGAUCUCUGCGGUGCCAAGAUCGUCCAUUGAAUAUGACACGUAUAACCUGAAGGUUGUAAAUUACGAGAACAUUAAUAAAAAUGACUACUAUACUAUUAGCAAAAAGGCAGUAACUCAUGUUCAUAAUGACGACGUUGAAUUUAUUGAAACUGGUCGAUGGGAACAGGAAUACCUGUAUCACAGAGAACUCACUAAGAUUCCCAUAUUCUCACUUUUCCGGAAAUGGAAGGCUUUUAACGUGUGGAAGAAGAAUGUCCGUUCCAAAAAAAUCACCGAAUGUCGAAAAUCUCUACAAAAAGAUUUGUUCAUUGUUAAUCAUAAUUUGCGACCGGCUCUUCUCAAAAUAAAUGAAUUAUGUUAUCAUUUGAGUUUUAUGGGACUUUGUUAUAUUGAAAAGUGUCACACCUACACCCUGGAAGAAUUUAAAACCGCACAAGUCCUAAAGCUGGAAGAGGUGACAGAGCGUCUAGAAGAAUUUCGAAACGAGGCCAAAGAUGUGGUGAGGAAGGCCUGUCGAGUUGCUCUGCGUGCUGCAGGAUUUGUUCCUGACGACUGUGCACGUGAAUAUGCUGAGGGUUAUGGUAAAAUACCAGGGAGUGGAAGUCUCAUUGAGUUUUCUGCUCCUGGAGACACAGAGAAAAUGACGUACACGGAACAGGCCAGCAAAAGGCACCACUGCCUGCGGCUGACAUGCUUUAUCCGUCUAAACGACUAUCUAAUUGAGAACACAAUGCACGUGUUAACGGUGAAUUCUGCCAGCUCUCUUUUGAACUACCUCACUGACAAGCUAAAACGAACACCGUCAGCAGAUACCAUUCAGAAAUGGAUUACAGAAGAGAAACUUGAGGUCGCUGAUAAAAAGGGGCCCCCUGUGUUGGAGAGACAGGAAGAGGACGAGUCCCUCAUCCCCAUGUUUCUCACGGAGCUGAUUUUGACCGUCCGGUCGCUGUUCUUCGAGCCUUCUCUGGAAGACUUUCUGGAUGGUAUAUCGGGUGCAAUUAAUCACUUCCAGAACACCGUGUUAUCAGUUCCUAAUCUCGUGCCCGAUACGUAUUUUGAUGCUUUUACCAGCCCUUACAUUAACAACAAGCUGGAAGAGAAAACUUGUGGAUCUGGUCCAAGCUUAGCAGCAGUGUUUGACGAUGAUAAGAAUUUUCACACAAUUAUCUUUCAAAUAAAGGAAACCAUACAGGCAGCAUUUAAAUCUGCUCAGUUAUAUGCAACUGCAUUUGAAAAGUUUCAGAUAUUCUUCAAGGAAAAUGAAGGUCUUGAUUUACAAGCUCUUAAGCUUCAAGAACCCGAUGUUAAGUUCUUUAGUGAACAACUGGAAAAAUAUCACAGACAGCACAAGGACGCAGUAGCUUUAAGACCCACCAGAAAUGUAGGAUUGCUGCUCAUCGACACUAAGCAACUGAAAGAAAAACUAAUUCCAUCACCUUUGAGAUGCUUGGAGGUGCUAAAUUAUAUGCUUCCUCGCCAGAGCAAGAAAAAAGUGGACGCCAUUAUCUCUGAGGCACAAGAUGCAGAAUAUAAACUUGAGUUUGUCCCAACUACCACCAUAGAAUAUGUUAACAGCUUGGUAUUUCUUGACGAAAUUCAGGAACGGAUCGAAAGCCUUGAGGACGAAGGGAACGUGGUGAUUCAGAUGUACAAGCUCAUCGAGCGGUACCAGGUCCCCACGCCGCCCGAAGACUUCGCGGUCUUUGCGACCAUGAGGCCGUCCAUCGUCGCUGUUCGGAACGCCAUCGAUAAAUCUGUGGGAGACAGGGAGACAAGGAUUAAGCAGUUCUGUCUGCACUUGGGUAGAGACCUUGAGGAACUGAACAAUGAAGUGAACGAAAUAAAGCUGCUGGCUCAGGAUCCACAGAUUUUGGAUAUUAAUGCUGACCAAGACAAAAUAAAGGUCAUGUUGAAGGAUCUGCAGUUCGUUCUGGACGAUCUUCAGAAACGCGCGUUUCAGUAUAAAUCCUAUCAGAAGAAUUUUAAGGUAGAAGUGUCCAAGUUUGAAGCUUUGGAAGAAGUUAGUGCUGAAUUGAAGCUCAAACAGUUGCUCUGGGAUUCUUUAUCUGAAUGGGAUCAACUUCAGCAAGAAUGGUUAAAGGCCAAGUUUGACUGCCUGGAUCCAGAAUUUCUAAACAGUCAAGUUUCUAAAUAUGCCAAAUUUGUGACUCAACUGGAAAAGGGCUUGCCACCCAACAGCGUAGUGCCCCAGCUAAAAUAUAAGGUGGAGAAAAUGAAAGAAAAGCUUCCAGUCAUUAUUGACCUGAGGAACCCAACCCUGAAGCCUCGACACUGGGCAGCCAUUGAACAGACAGUCGACGCCACUCUAGUGGACCUUGACGUCUCCUUAACCUUGGAGAAGCUCACCGAGUUGCACGUUUUUGACUUCGGCCAAGAAAUUCAGGACAUUUCUGGACAGGCUUCUGGAGAAGCUGCCUUAGAAACAAUUCUUAAAAAGGUGGAGGAUUCUUGGAAAACAACCGAAUUUGUCGUUCUCCCUCACCGCGACUCCAAAGAUGUGUUCAUCCUGGGCGGCACAGAUGACAUACAGGUGCUUCUUGAUGACAGCACCAUCAACAUCGCCACCAUGGCCUCAUCACGGUACGUGGGUCCCCUGAAAGCGCGAGUGGAUGACUGGCAGAAGCACCUUGCUUUAUUUAACCAAACACUGGAAGAGUGGCUGAACUGCCAGCGAAACUGGCUCUACCUGGAAAGUAUUUUUAAUGCUCCAGAUAUUCAGAGGCAGCUGCCUGCGGAGGCCAAGAUGUUCCUGCAGGUGGAUAAGUCAUGGAAGGAGAUCAUGAGGAAGGUGAACCGGCUCCCCAACGCCCUCCGAGCGGCCACCCAACCAGGACUUCUGGAGACUUUUCAAAACAAUAAUGCAUUACUUGACCAAAUUCAGAAGUGUCUAGAGGCAUAUUUAGAAUCAAAAAGAGUUAUCUUUCCAAGAUUUUACUUCUUGUCAAACGAUGAACUCCUGGAGAUUCUGGCCCAGACCCGAAACCCCCAGGCUGUGCAGCCGCACUUAAGGAAGUGCUUCGACUCCAUCUCGAAGCUCGAGUUUGCUCUCAUGCCUCCCACUGAGGGGAAGAUUCCUGGGAUGGACGGAGAGCCAGAAAAGGUUUACACUAACGACGUUCUGGCGAUGCUGUCACCAGAGGGAGAGAGGGUGAGCCUGGGGAAAGGCCUCAAGGCCCGCGGCAACGUGGAGGAGUGGCUGGGCAAAGUGGAGGAGGCCAUGUUCGCGUCUCUGCGCCGCCUCUGCAAGGCCUCCAUCGCCGACUACCUGGGGAGACCGAGGACCGAAUGGGUGGUUGCCGGCCACCCUUCUCAGGUGAUCCUGACCGUUUCUCAGAUCAUGUGGUGCCGAGAUCUGACAGAGUGCUUGGAAGGAGAAGCCGGUCACCACUUAGAGGCCCUGGAAGCUUUUGAAAAAGUGAACUUUGAGAGAUUGAAUGCCCUGGCUGCGAUAGUCCGAGGCAGGCUUCCUAAAUUACACAGAAACAUCGUAACUGCCUUAAUUACUAUUGAUGUACACGCAAGGGACAUAGUCACUGAGCUUGUUCAAGCCAAGGUGGAGGAAGUCGAAUCCUUUGACUGGCAGAGACAGCUGCGCUAUUACUGGGACGUAGACCUGGACAAUUGUGUGGCAAGAAUGGCGCUGUCUCAGUACACGUACGGCUAUGAGUAUUUGGGUGCCUGCCCGAGACUGGUCAUCACUCCUCUCACGGAUCGCUGCUACCUGUGCCUCAUGGGGGCUCUGCAGCUCGACCUGGGAGGCGCACCGGCUGGCCCUGCUGGCACUGGGAAAACCGAGACCACCAAAGACCUUGCGAAAGCUCUCGCCAUCCAGUGCGUGGUCUUCAACUGUUCCGACGGUUUGGACUACAAGAUGAUGGGGCGCUUCUUCAGCGGCCUGGCACAGUCGGGGGCCUGGUGCUGCUUUGACGAAUUUAAUCGAAUCGACAUCGAAGUGUUGUCGGUCAUCGCGCAGCAGCUCAUCACCAUCAGGAGCGCCAAGGCGGCCAAGCUCUCUAGAUUCAUGUUUGAGGGGCGGGAAAUCAAGUUGGUGACGACCUGCGCAGCCUUCAUCACCAUGAAUCCCGGGUACGCAGGCAGAACCGAGCUGCCGGAUAAUCUGAAAGCCCUGUUUCGACCCUUUGCGAUGAUGGUUCCAAAUUACGCCCUGAUUGCAGAGGUAAUCCUGUACUCCGAAGGAUUCGAAUCCAGUAAGAUUUUAGCGAGGAAGAUGACUCAGAUGUAUAAGCUUUGCAGCGAGCAGCUCUCUCAGCAGGAUCACUACGACUUCGGCAUGAGAGCCGUGAAGUCCGUGCUGGUCAUGGCUGGGUCUUUAAAAAGAGAGAACCCAGACCUCAGUGAAGAUGUGGUGUUGAUAAGAGCUUUACGAGACUCUAAUUUGCCAAAAUUCCUAGCAGACGAUGCUGUUCUCUUCAGUGGAAUUAUAUCUGACCUUUUUCCUGGAGUCCAAAUUCCAGAACAUGAUUAUGGAAUAUUACAGUCAACAAUUAUAAAUGUCAUGAAUGGACAAAAUCUGCAACCUGAGACAUGUAUGGUUGAAAAAGUGAUACAGUUCUAUGAAACUAUGCUAGUAAGGCAUGGUGUCAUGUUAGUUGGGCCAACCGGAGGUGGCAAGACCACAGUUUACCGAAUACUAGCAGAAACUUUAGGAAACUUGCGGAAACUUGGUAUAGAUAAUCCCUUUUACCAACCAGUAAAAACAUACGUUCUUAAUCCUAAAUCGAUUACAAUGGGUGAAUUGUAUGGUGAAGUUAAUAACAUAACCUUGGAGUGGAAAGAUGGUUUGAUGGCGCUAAGUGUCCGAGCAGCUGUGAAUGACACUUCUGAGGACCACAAAUGGAUCAUCAGUGAUGGGCCAGUGGAUGCUCUUUGGAUUGAAAAUAUGAACACAGUCUUGGAUGAUAACAAGAUGCUGUGCCUGGCUAACAGUGAGAGGAUUAAACUCACACCUCAAAUCCACAUGCUUUUUGAGGUGCAAGAUCUAAAGGUUGCCUCUCCUGCGACCGUCAGUAGAUGUGGGAUGGUGUUUGUGGAUCCUGAUGAGCUGAAGUGGAUGCCUUACGUCAAAACCUGGAUGAAGAGUGUUUCUAAAAAACUGAAUGAAGAAACCCAAGGGUAUAUAUUGAAUCUUUUCCAGCGUUACGUUGAUGAUGGUUUAAAUUUUAUCAAUAAAAAGUGCAGCCAAGCAAUCCCACAAGUGGACAUCAGCAAAGUUACCACACUCUGUUGCUUACUGGAGUCUCUGAUGCUUGGGAGAGAUGGAAUCAAUUUGACAGUGGAGCAAACAAAACUGAACACUAUACUGUGUCAGACUUUUAUAUUCUGUUACGUAUGGUCUCUAGGCGGAAAUUUAACUGAAAACUACUGGGAUUCUUUUGACACGUUUAUUAGGACACAAUUUGAUGAUAAUCCUGAUGCCAGGCUUCCCAGUUCCGGCGACCUGUGGAGCAUUCACAUGGACUUUGACACCAAACGGCUGGAUCCCUGGGAACGAAUCAUACCCACCUUCAAGUACAGCCGAGAUAUCCCCUUUUUUGAGAUGCUUGUCCCCACGGCUGACACGGUGCGCUUUGGGUAUCUGAUGGAAAAACUCCUGGCAGUCAGGCACUCGGUGCUGUUCACUGGAAUAACUGGAGUUGGCAAGUCUGUUAUUGCAAAAGGACUGUUAAAUAGAAUUCAAGAAUCAGCUGGCUAUGUUCCUGUGUAUCUAAAUUUUUCCGCUCAAACUUCAUCGGCAAGAACACAAGAGAUCAUUGAGUCCAAACUGGAGAGGAAAAGAAAAAAUAUUCUAGGAGCACCGGGAAACAAGCGAGUCGUGAUUUUUGUUGACGACUUAAACAUGCCCAGACUGGAUCGCUAUGGCUCUCAGCCUCCCAUUGAGCUGCUCCGGCAAUAUCAAGAUUUUGGUGGAUUUUACGACAGAAACAAGCUCUUUUGGAAAGACAUACAGGAUGUGACGAUCGUAUCUGCGUGCGCACCCCCGGGCGGCGGCCGGAACCCCGUGACCCCCCGCUUCAUCCGACACUUCAGCGUGCUCUGCCUCCCCGUGCCCUCGGAGCACAGUCUGAAACAGAUUUUCCAGGCCAUCCUCAGUGGCUUCCUGAGUGACUUCCUACCAGCUGUAAAGCAGACUGCAUCAAACAUUGUAGAAGCCUCAGUCGAGAUCUAUAACAGAAUGAGCAUUGAUCUCCUGCCAACACCGGCCAAGUCCCAUUACGUCUUUAACUUGAGGGAUUUAUCCAAAUGCGUGCAAGGUAUCCUCCAGUGUGAUCCAGGAACAAUAAGAGAAGAAUUACAGAUAUUUAGACUCUUUUGCCAUGAAUGUCAAAGAGUCUUCCAUGAUCGUUUGAUUAAUAAUGAAGAUAAGCACUAUUUCCAUGUUAUUUUGACAGAAAUGGCCAACAAACAUUUUGGAAUUGCAAUAGGCCUGGAAUACUUUUUGACUAGGCCCAUCAUAUUUGGAGACUUCAUUAAGUUUGGAGCGGAUAAGAGUGAUCGGAUUUAUGAUGACAUGCCUGAUAUGGAGAAAAUUGCAAACGUUCUGCAGGACUAUCUUGAUGAUUAUAACCUUAUUAACCCCAAAGAAGUAAAGUUGGUGUUCUUCCAAGAUGCCAUAGAGCAUGUUUCAAGGAUUGCCCGCAUGGUUCGUCAGGAAAGAGGCAAUGCCCUGCUGGUUGGGGUGGGCGGCACAGGAAAGCAGUCCCUCACGAGGCUCGCAGCCCACAUAUGUGGUUACAGAUGUUUGCAGAUUGAGCUGAGCCGGGGGUAUAACUAUGACAGUUUUCACGAAGACCUGAGGAAAUUGUACAAACUGGCUGGUGUCGAAGACAAGAAUAUGGUUUUCCUCUUCACGGACACCCAGAUUGUAGUGGAAGAGUUCCUAGAAGAUAUAAAUAACAUCCUGAACUCGGGUGAGGUGCCUAAUUUAUUUGAAAAGGAUGAACUGGAGCAGGUUUUAGCAGCCACCAGGCCAAGAGCAAAAGAAGCAGGAAUUUCUGAGGGGAACAGAGAUGAGGUGUUCCAGCACUUCGUCAGCAGGGUCCGUCAGAAGCUGCACGUUGUUCUCUGCAUGAGCCCCGUCGGCGAGGCCUUCCGGGCCCGAUGCCGGAUGUUCCCGUCCCUUGUGAACUGCUGCACCAUUGACUGGUUUGUCCAGUGGCCCAAAGAAGCACUUCUUUCUGUGUCAAAGACAUUUUUCUCAAAUGUUGAUGCUGUCAGCGAUGAACUGAAAGAGAAGCUUGCGCUCAUGUGCGUGAACGUUCACUUGAGCGUCUCCACCAUGGCUGACCGCUAUUUCGCGGAGCUCCGGAGAAGGUACUACACGACGCCCACCUCCUACCUGGAGCUCAUCAAUCUCUGUCUGUCCAUGCUGCGAGAGAAGAGGAAGCAGUUGGUUUCAGCACGUGAACGGGUGAAGAAUGGUCUCACCAAACUAUUGGAGACAAACGGUCUCGUAGACAAAAUGAAAUUAGACCUUUCCGCGUUGGAACCUGUCCUCUUAACGAAAUCUCAAGACGUUGAAGCCCUGAUGGACAAACUGGCGGUAGAUCAAGAAAACGCCGACCAGGUCCGCAACAUCGUGCAGGAGGACGAAGCGGUAGCAAAAGUGAAGGCGGAAGAAACCCAAGCGAUAGCGGACGACGCUCAGCGAGACCUUGAAGAAGCGCUGCCCGCGCUGGAGGCUGCUAACAAGGCGCUGGAUUCCCUAGACAAGGCGGACAUAUCUGAGAUCAGAGUCUUCACAAAGCCCCCGGACCUGGUCAUGACCGUGAUGGAAGCGAUCUCCAUCCUCUUGAAUGCCAAGCCUGACUGGCCUACAGCAAAGCAACUGCUCGGUGACUCUAACUUCCUAAGAAGACUUCUAGAAUACGAUAAGGAAAACAUAAAGCCCCAGGUCCUGGCGAAGCUUCAGAAGUACAUCAAUAACCCUGAUUUUGUGCCUGAAAAAGUGGAGAAAGUGUCCAAAGCUUGCAGAUCCAUGUGCAUGUGGGUGAGAGCAAUGGAUCUGUACUCCCGGGUGGUCAAAGACGUGGAACCAAAGAGGCAAAAGCUCCGCGCUGCGCAGGCUGAACUUGAUAUGACCAUGGCUACUCUGAAAGAAAAACAAGCAUUGCUAAAACAAGUGGAAGAUCAAAUACGAGCCUUGCAAGAUAAAUAUGACAAAAGUGUGAGUGAGAAGGAAAGUCUGGCAAAGACGAUGGCCCUGACAAAGGCGCGUCUGGUGCGCGCGGGAAAGCUGACGGCUGCGCUGGGGGACGAGCAAGUUCGAUGGGAGGAGAGCAUCCAGAAGUUCAGCGAGGAGAUAGCGAACAUCGUCGGGAACGUGUUCAUAGCAGCGGCCUGUGUGGCCUAUUACGGGGCCUUCACAGCCCAGUACAGGCAGUCGCUUAUUGAGUGUUGGAUCCAGGACUGUCAGACCCUGGAGAUCCCAAUCAAUCCUUCCUUCAGUCUCAUUAACACGCUUGGCGACCCCUACGAGAUACGGCAGUGGAACACAGACGGGCUGCCCCGUGACCUGGUAUCAACGGAAAACGGCAUCCUGGUCACUCAAGGGAGACGGUGGCCUCUGAUGAUUGACCCCCAAGAUCAGGCAAACCGCUGGAUAAGAAACAAAGAGAACAAAAACGGUUUAAAGAUCGUCAAGCUUACGGACAGUAAUUUCUUGCGCAUACUUGAAAAUUCGAUCCGCCUCGGCUUACCCGUCUUACUGGAAGAGCUCAGGGAGACCCUGGACCCGGCCCUGGAGCCCAUCCUUCUGAAACAGAUCUUCAUCAGCGGUGGGCGGCUGCUCAUUCGCCUCGGAGACUCGGACAUUGACUACGAUAAGCACUUUAGGUUCUACAUGACGACCAAGUUGCCAAACCCACACUACCUGCCUGAGGUGUGCAUCAAAGUCACCAUCAUCAAUUUCACGGUGACCAAAUCAGGUCUGGAGGACCAGUUGUUAAGCGAUGUGGUGCGGCUUGAAAAGCCUGAGCUGGAAGAGCAGAGGAUCAAGCUCAUUGUGAGGAUCAACACUGAUAAAAACCAGCUGAAAGCUAUCGAGGAGAAGAUCCUCAAAAUGCUCUUCACAUCUGAGGGAAACGUUCUGGACAAUGAAGAACUCAUUGACACGCUGCAGGACUCAAAGAUCACUUCCGGUGCCAUUAAAAUCAGGCUGAAGGAGGCAGAGUCCACGGAACAGAUGAUAAACGUUGCUCGUGAGAAGUACCGCCCGGUGGCCACUCAGGGCUCUGUGAUGUACUUCGUGAUCGCGAGCCUCUCGGAAAUUGAUCCCAUGUACCAGUACUCGUUAAAAUACUUCAAACAGCUGUUCAACACAACCAUUGAAGCCUCCGCGAGGACGGACAGCCUGCAGCGGCGCAUGGAAGUACUGCUGGAGCAGACUCUCCUCACCGCCUACGUCAACGUCUCGAGAGGACUUUUCGAACAACAUAAACUCGUCUACAGCUUUAUGCUCUGUGUUGAGAUCAUGCGUCAGCAAGGACGCUUAACGGAUGCUGAGUGGAAUUUCUUCCUCCGAGGUUCUGCAGGAUUAGAAAAGGAACGCCCACCCAAGCCUGACUUCCCCUGGCUGCCUCCUGCCAUGUGGUUCGCAUGCUGCGACUUAGAAGAAUUAUUUCCAGUUUUUACGGGACUUACACACCAUAUAGUGCUACUUCCUAUUUCCAUACGCAUAGGAUCGUUUGAGACUUAUAUUAACCCACAGAACCAGGACGCCUAUUCGAAAACGGAGGAUGAUCAUUUCGUGACAGAGGAAAGGCUGACCACAAGCAGUAAUUCCUGGCAUCCAGAAUUAAGUUCUUUCCAAAAGCUAAUUCUUAUUAAAUGCUGUAAAGAAGAAAAGGUGGUUUUCGCUCUUACAGACUUUGUAAUAGAAAAUCUUGGGAAAUGCUUUAUAGAGACUCCACCCGUGGACCUGCCCACUCUGUAUCAAGACAUGUCAUACAGCACUCCCCUGGUGUUCAUCCUGAGCACAGGCUCAGACCCCAUGGGCGCAUUUCAGAGGUUUGCCCGGGACAGCGGAUAUUCAGAACGGGUGCAGUCGAUCUCACUGGGGCAAGGGCAAGGACCCAUUGCUGAAAAAAUGAUCAAAGAUGCAAUGAAAUCAGGAAACUGGGUGUUUCUGCAAAACUGCCAUCUUGCUGUCUCUUGGAUGUUGGCAAUGGAAGAGCUCAUUAAAACCUUCACAGAUCCAAAUGUUGUUAUCAAGGACAGCUUUCGACUUUUUUUAAGUUCCAUGCCCAGCAAUGCGUUUCCUGUCACAGUUCUUCAAAACUCUGUCAAGGUAACCAACGAGCCUCCGAAAGGUUUACGUGCAAAUAUCAGACGAGCAUUUACUGAAAUGACACCUUCAUUUUUCGAAGAAAAUAUCCUUGGAAGAAAAUGGAGACAAAUAAUAUUCGGCAUUUGUUUCUUUCAUGCAAUCAUUCAGGAGAGAAAGAAGUUUGGCCCUCUUGGUUGGAAUAUCUGCUAUGAGUUUAACGACAGCGACAGAGAAUGUGCUUUACUGAACCUCAACCUGUACUGUCACGAAGGAAAGAUCCCCUGGGACGCGCUGACUUACAUCACCGGUGAAAUUACAUAUGGAGGCAGAGUCACAGACACGUGGGAUCAAAGAUGCCUCCGCACGGUCCUGAAAAGGUUUUUUUCUCCUGAAACGUUACAAGAGAAUUAUAAAUAUUCUGAAUCAGGCAUCUAUUUUGCCCCCGUGGCUGACAGCCUGCAAGAGUUUAAAGACUACAUUGAAAACCUGCCUUUGAUAGAUGACCCGGAAAUAUUUGGAAUGCAUGAAAAUGCCAAUCUCGUUUUCCAGUACAAAGAGACCAGCACUUUAAUCAACACCAUACUGGAGGUUCAGCCACGGUCAUCUUCUGGUGGAGCAGGAAAGAGCAAUGAUGAAAUUGUCCAAGAACUCGUUGCUUCUGUCCAGACCAGAGUUCCAGAAACCCUGGAAAUGGAGAGUGCGUCCGAGAGCCUUUUCAUCAAGGAUCCUCAAGGACGCCUCAACUCCCUGACCACUGUCCUUGGACAAGAAGUGGACCGGUUCAACAGCCUGCUGAAGCUGAUACGCACGUCUCUAGAUACGCUCAGCAAAGCCAUCGCGGGGUUUGUGGUGAUGUCUGAAGAAAUGGAAAAGGUGUAUAACAGUUUCCUCAACAACCAAGUUCCCUCUCUGUGGUCCAGCACAGCCUACCCUUCCCUGAAGCCACUCGGAUCGUGGGUCAAAGACCUCAUUCUGAGGACUGCGUCUAUGGACUUGUGGCUCAAAAGAGGUCAGCCUAAGUCCUUCUGGAUCUCCGGUUUCUUCUUCCCUCAAGGAUUUCUAACAGGAACCCUUCAGAACCACGCUCGGAAGUACAACUUGCCUAUAGAUGAGCUGAGUUUCAAGUACAACAUGAUCCCUGCCUAUCGCGACGAAGCCGUGGUUAUAGAAGCUGCCAAGACAGUGCAGUUUGGACAAGAACUGCCAAUGGACACGGAGUUGCCCUCUCCUGAGGAUGGCGUUCUUGUUCAUGGCAUGUUCAUGGAUGCUUCUCGAUGGGACAAUGAGGAGAUGGUGAUAGAAGACGCACUGCCCGGACAGAUGAAUCCAGUGCUGCCUGUGGUCCACUUUGAACCUCAACAAAAUUAUGAGCCAAGCCCAACACUCUACCACUCCCCACUUUAUAAAACAGGGGCCCGGGCAGGAACCCUCUCAACCACAGGUCAUUCAACCAACUUUGUGGUGACCGUCCUCUUACCCUCCAAGCGGCCCAAAGAUUACUGGAUUGCCAAGGGAUCAGCCCUGCUCUGCCAGCUGAAUGAGUGAAAAGGCGCCGCCUCUGGGCGGAAAGAGAACCUGGCCAGCGAUCUUUCCUGACAGGCAAGAAAAGCCUGUGUAAAUUCUACGUGAGCAAAAAGUGUGACUUCUGAAAUGGCUUAAGGGUAGUAAGGGUGGCUUUUAUUUCUCUUUU